AUGGCUAUGAAGACCUCCCCAAGAGCGUAGAAACCCUCCACCUGGAGUACUUUGAAGAAGCUGUGAACUACCUGCUUAAUCACCCUCAGCACUUUCAUGAGGAAUAAAUAUUUGAAACCAAUCAAAACUGCUGUUGUAGAAGCCAUGAGAAGAAAAAAGAACUGCUGUUCAGAGGUCAAAUGGCCAUUCAAAAUACAGGAUUUUGGUAACUAUGACAGGAUCAGUCCUUGUAGAAUAUGCAAAUCCAAAUUACCCUGGAGGAGACUAAGUAGAGAUUAGAAGACAAGAAAGGGAACAACUACAAACAACUUUCUCCACAAUUUUGCUGUGAAAGAGAGAAAACUAUGGCAGAGUAGCUUUGGGGGUCAAGCGAUUGGUAUUAAAGUGUAAGAGUUACUACAGCAAGAAGUACUGUGAUGGGAAUGAGCCAGGAGAGAAGAAAAUUAUGAAGGAGGAGAAAGAGAGAAGUAGUUGUAGGAGCAAAGACUAUGAGAAUGAGAGUGGAUGGGAUCCCAAACCAAGCAGGGGGAUGGCCUUUGAUAAAACAGAGAUACUUUUGGAACCAGGAAGGAAGGCAGAGAGCUUCAGUUCAUUCAGAACUAAGGAGAUUUGGCAGGGGGAAAAUGAGGAGGAGUUUCUACUGGACAGCUUCUAUUUUCUCCAUGAAGUAUGAAGAGCUGAAACUGAAGGGGAAUCGAGCGGGGUUCCAGAGGCUUGAGCAAAUAGGAGGAGGUAUGAAACUGUCCUUGGAGAAGUGAAAAGCAAACACAGUGAAGUGUGGCAGAGGUGAUGGGCAGUAUGAAUGCACAUUUGAAAUGUGUGGUCAUGAAAGUAAAGAUCUGCCAGCACAAAUGUGUAUUUUUUCCCUUCAAUGUUUAUUUGUACAAAUGCAGGCCUAGAGGAAGUGAAGGUGGAUUUAACCAAGGUUAUCACUUUUCCAAGCAAGUAUGACCAAAGGAAGAAGGGUAUUAGCUAAGAGUGCUUGCAAGGGAGGGAUAAGAACAAUGAAGUUUGAAAUCUAAACUGGAUGAGGUAGGAAAUGAACAGGAGAAAGAUACUGAUAGCAAAAUGAAAAUAAAAAAUAAAAAAAGGCAGUCAAGGUCGCAAAGAAAUGGAAGCAGGUGGUACUAAAAUGGCUGAACAGAAGUAUUUAAGAUGGUGAUUAGCGAGUAGAAUGCUUGCAGCUGAGAUUUCGGAGAUGAGGUAUUUACUGAUGAUGACUUGGUUAAGGUUAUGACAAUGGGAAUGGGUGGCUGAAGUGGGGUAGGAAAAAAGUCAUUGGAAGUAGGGAGGUCAAGGAACUGAGAGGCUAAAGUCACCAACAAUGGUGAUGGAGAAAUGGUGGAAGGGAAGAUAGAAAGAAGGAAUAAGUAAAUAUCCCAGGUUGCAAACCUUGGUAAAUGGCAGAGCCCAGAUUAGGCUCAGUUCCAACUGACUUCCAAUUCCAGGCACUACUCACCAGACUGAUUCAUGGGCUCAUUAUUAUUCCUCUGUCCUUAUCUCAGGUAAAGGGCCCAGGAGUUGGGCUGCUUGGGAUUUCUAAAGGAGGUGAUCUCUGCCUCUCCAUGGCCUCGUUCCUGAAGGGCAUCACUGCUGCAGUCAUCAUCAAUGGCUCCGUGGCCAAUGUCGGAGGAGCCUUACACUACAAGGAUGAGACCUUGCAGCCUCUUGGUUUCGACCAAAAUCGAAUCAAGGUAACCAAAGACGGCUUUGCAGACAUUUUGGAUGUCCUGAACAGCCCUUUGGAAGGACCGGACCAGAAGAGUUUCAUUCCUGUGGAAAGGUCUGAGAGCACCUUCCUGUUCCUUGUAGGUCAGGAUGACCACAACUGGAAGAGUGAAUUCUUUGCUAAUGAGGCCUCUAAACGCUUACAGGCCCAUGGUAAGGAGAAGCCGCAGAUAAUCUGUUACCCAGGAGUGGGGCACUACAUUGAGCCUCCUUACUUUCCCCUGUGCCGGGCCUCCCUGCACUCCCUGUUGGGCACAAAUGUCAUCUGGGGAGGAGAGCCCAGGGCUCAUGCCAUGGCCCAGGUGGAUGCUUGGAAGCAACUCCAGAUUUUUUUCCACAAACACUUGGGAUAAUCCCACCCACACUGUAAUCCUUUAUUUGUGUGGCAUCUCUGAGGUUAAUUUAUCCUGGGAACCGCGGUUGCAAUUAGUGUGUAAAUGUAGUUUUUUUCUUUUUAAUAAGUACUUAGUUUUUCCUUCCUUACUGUUAAAAUGAACUUACCAAUGAACUUUCAUGAUUUUUGUCAACUACAUGCCUUUUCAGUUGUUUAGGAGGAAAAGAGAACAUAACAGAUGGACAAGGCAUACCUUUCAGUCUCUCCCAACACACAAGGCUUUAGUUCUGAAAGGAAAGUGAGAAUACUGAUUAAUAGUGACUUGUACAUAAUUGAUGCUCAGUAAUUAUUUGUUUAAUUAUUUACUAUUACUUGUUGAAUUGGUUUAAUCCUGUAUAAUAAAAGCCUAAUAUGCUAA